AGCUCGUUUCUGAGGCGAUGCACAUUCGCCGUCCGCGUGCUGAGCGGCAGCCGAGCGACCCAGCCACUUCGAUAUGGCGGCGAAUCGGUUGGAAAGUCCGGCCGGAACCGGAGACUUUGGCGAAAAUUGACGAGAAGCCGCCGCCGCUCAAGCGUGGCGGGACGAUCGAGGUGAGGGACUCUCUCGACUCGAUUCCGUCUCCUCGUGGCACGUUCAACGAAGCCGAGGUGCUUCCGCUGAGGACGGUGCCGCUCCGCCUGUGGGCCACGUCUCGCGGCCUGGCGGUCGAGGUGCAGAGGGCUGACGGAGGAGACCCAGAGCCGGGCGCGUGCAGCGGCUCCUCUCUGCUGCAGCGCCCCGCGAUCGACCUGCGAAAGGAGCUCGAGGACACGUCGCGCAGGGCACGUUCUGUGUGCUGGGGCGCUGACUUGUCCCCGUCUCUCUUUCCCCUCUUCCCCGACGACAUGCCAGCAGCCAUGCAGAUGGUGCACGGCCUCCGGCCGUUCCGCUGGCGGGCGUCCGCCGACCUCCCUCCGCUAGUGUCACCGCUCUCCAUCGCCCAGGGCGACGAGGAUGAUGACGAUAGCGCGAUGGCGGAAUGGCUGGAGCGGGUCGGCCGGUCGUGAACACCACCGGUGAAUGUGAAGCGCGUGUAGCUGUGGUAAAAGUUGUUGUGCGGGCCGCGUCGUCUCGCAUAUGUGCGGCACGGGCGGACAUGAUUACU